AUGUCAGGAAAGAACGGUCAAUUCUACCCGAUCGAAGAAAAGCAGUCUCAAAACCUUCCAGGGACGGAGCAAGACCUGCAGCCACAAAGUGAAGCUACAAAAUUGGAGGGUAAGGACCAGUUUCAUGAGUACCGUGCAGCGGGAAAGUUGAAAAGUACCAAGGCUCUCAUUACUGGUGGCGAUUCUGGCAUUGGCCGGUCCGUGGCUGUACUGUUUGCUCGUGAAGGAGCCGAUGUCAAUAGUGAAAAUGAAGGUCGAGAGUGUUUGCUUAUUGCGGGAAACUUGAUGAACAACGAAACCUGCCGCAAUGCGGUUCAGCAACAUGUUGACAAAUUUGGCAAGAUCCAUGUGCUUGUCAAUAACGCCUCAAAGCAGAUGAUAUGUGAGGACCUGAAGGAUAUCAAUCUGGACGACGUCGAGAGUUCUUUCCGCAGCAAUAUCUUGCAGAUGUUUGCCGUGACAAAGUAUGCACUGGAACACAUGGAGAAAGGCGGCUCAAUCAUCAAUACAACAUCCACAGUCGCCUUUCGGGGCACAGCUACCAUGGUUGACUAUUCAGCAACCAAGGGUGCUAUCACAUCUUUUACUCGGUCGUUGGCGAAGCAGCUGGUACCCAAGGGCAUCAGGGUAAACGCAGUCGCGCCCGGUCCUGUACACACCCCUCUCCAGCCAGCAUCCAGGCCAGCGGAGCAGAUGGAAGGCUUUGGGAAGCAGUCUCAACUGGGACGCGUGGGCCAGCCAAGCGAAAUUGCACCUUCUUACGUUUUCCUAGCUUCCAAAGAUGCGGAACUCUACUACGGGCAGGUCUUGCACGCUUACCCGCUGGGCGACUGA